UCAGGCUAUAGGUUUUUUGUUUUUUUUUUUCCUGAAGCCGUUGUAUAGGUUACAUAGCCGGGUCGUGUGCCAAUCCAAAUCCCAGCAAUUCUCUGUAACCAUGAAAUCCCUAGCCGUGACUCCCCUCCAGCUUCCGUCAACUCUAAGAUUAACCCCGCCAUUCUCCGUCAACUUUAACCGGAGAACCUCAAGCUCCGUCACAAUAUUGGGCUCGAACUCGCGUUCCUUCACACUCAAAUGCUCGGCCCAGAGGUCUCCUUCAUUAGUCGAAAAUUCGGAAGGGUUUUUUGAAGCUUCGAAGAAGGGGAAUUUAAUUCCUCUAUACCGAUGCAUAUUAUCCGAUCACCUAACUCCGGUGCUUGCAUACCGUUGUUUGGUAAAGGAAGAUGAUAGGGAAGCACCAAGCUUUCUGUUUGAGUCGGUUGAGCCUGGUGUGAUGGGUUCUAAUAUCGGGCGGUAUAGCAUGGUUGGAGCUCAGCCGGCAAUAGAAAUUGUGGCAAAAGAGAAUAUGGUUACAAUUAUGAACCAUGAUGAAGGGAAAAGGGAAGAGGUGAUUGUGGAUGAUCCAAUGGUGGUUCCUCAAAGAAUCAUGGAGGGAUGGAGACCCCAACUUAUUGACGAGCUCCCAGAAGCAUUUUGUGGUGGAUGGGUUGGUUAUUUCUCAUAUGAUACGAUGCGCUAUGCGGAGAGGAAAAAGCUGCCAUUCUCUAGUGCCCCACCUGAUGACAGGAACCUUCCUGAUCUCCAUCUUGGUCUCUAUGAUGAUGUUAUUGUGUUUGAUCAUGUGGCGAAGAAAGCAUAUGUGAUUCACUGGGUACGACUAGAUCGAUAUUCUUCUGCUGAGGAGGCCUUCAAUGAUGGAAUACAGAAAUUGGAAACUUUGGUAUCUAGAGUACAUGAUAUAGUCCCCCCGAGGCUUCCUGCAGGAUCAAUCAAGUUACACACUCAUCUCUUUGGUCCUGAAUUGAAAAUGUCAAGCAUGACAAGCAAGGAAUACAAGGAGGCAGUUUUGCAGGCUAAAGAACAUAUUCUGGCUGGUGAUAUUUUCCAGAUUGUAUUGAGUCAACGUUUUGAACGAAGAACAUUUGCUGACCCAUUUGAAGUCUAUAGAGCUCUAAGGAUUGUUAAUCCUAGUCCAUACAUGACUUACUUACAGGCUAGGGGGUGUAUUAUUGUUGCUUCAAGCCCAGAAAUUCUUACCCGUGUGAAGAAGAGAAAGAUCACUAAUCGACCCCUUGCUGGUACUGCCAGAAGAGGGAAAACACCCAAAGAAGAUUCAAUGCUGGAAAAAGAGCUUUUAAAUGAUGAAAAGCAACGUGCAGAGCACAUUAUGCUAGUUGACUUGGGGAGGAAUGAUGUUGGAAAGGUCUCUAAACCUGGUUCUGUUAAGGUUGAAAAGCUCAUGAAUGUUGAGCGGUAUUCCCAUGUUAUGCACAUCAGCUCCACUGUCACUGGAGAGUUACUUGACCAUUUAACCAGUUGGGAUGUUCUGCGUGCUGCAUUACCUGUUGGGACUGUCAGCGGAGCACCAAAGGUGAAAGCAAUGGAGUUAAUAGAUGAGCUGGAAGUCACAAGGCGUGGGCCGUACAGUGGUGGAUUUGGAGGCAUUUCAUUUUCUGGUGAUAUGGACAUUGCCCUUGGUCUGAGAACCUUUGUGUUCCCAACUAACACACGUUUCGACACAAUGUACUCAUACAAAGAUUUGAACAAUCGCCGAGAAUGGGUUGCUCAUCUCCAGGCUGGGGCUGGAAUUGUGGCUGACAGUGAUCCUGCUGAUGAGCAAAGAGAGUGUGAGAAUAAAGCUGCUGCUCUUGCCCGUGCCAUUGAUCUUGCAGAGUCUUCAUUUGUAGAGAAAUGAUUUAGAUUUUAUCCAACAGUAGAAUCUUUUAUAUAUUAUUAUUGUUAUUAUUUUUCCUUGAUAGCCCAAUUUUAAGUACAAGGGUUGAGUGGAUGAUUCCAGUUUUUGUGAAGGGGAAAGGAAAUACUAGUAUUUGUUAGAUGAUGAGGUUUAAUUGCGAGGUCGUGGAUAAGAGCUAAAACUCACACAUCUUCAAGA